AUGGGACUGGGAUCGGGGCUUCUUCCUCUGCUUCUCCUAGCUGUGAUCGGCGCCGUGUCCGGAGCAGUAUCCGGCAAAGGAAGUGGCGUCGUCGGAAGCAUCUACGAUCACCUGAAGGCGUAUGGGUUACCCAUCGGCAUCUUCCCGAAAGGAAUCACGAAAUAUUCGCUGGACGACACCAGCGGGGAAUUCCGUGUAUUUCUGGCGCAGCCUUGUCACGCCAAGUUCGAGAAUCAGGUCCGCUACGAUUUCAACGUCUCCGGCACUCUCUCUUUCGGUCAAAUCGCCGAUUUAUCCGGAGUCUCCGCUCAGGAACUCUUCCUCUGGUUUCCGGUCAAAGGUAUCCGGGUGGAUGUCCCCAGCUCCGGCCUCAUUUACUUCGAUGUCGGCGUUGUCGAUAAGCAGUUCUCUCUGUCCCUCUUCGAGUCUCCCCCUGAUUGUACUGCUCUUGAUCCUUCCAAUUCCGCAUCUGCCCCUUCUUCCUCCUCUUCUGACCUCAUGGUAGAUUCCAAUUCCGAUUCUUAA